AAGUGGACCAAAAACAUGGCGACCAAGACGCGCAAGCCGCUCGUGAGCUUCCUGCGUCUGCGCGCGCCCAUCCAGGAGCAGCUCAAGAUCGAGGAGGCGCUGUUCCGUGCAGACUCGAAGCGCAAUUGGUUCAUCUACAAUGACCAACACUCGCUGCCGAUGAUUGUCAUGGGCAUCUCGGGCAAGCCGGAGCAGCUGCUGCACCAAGACGCAGUCAAGCGGUGCGUUGCAAUUAUUGCAUUGAUUGCAGUUAUUAGGGUGAGAUUGACGGCAUGUCUACCGAUUAGAGACGGCAUUCCAGUGCUCAAGCGCUUCAGUGGUGGUGGCACCGUCAUCGUGGACCACAAUACAGUCUUCACCACCUUCAUCUGCAAGCACGAGGACUUCCCACAGGUCAAACCUUUUCCGCGCGAGAUCAUGGCUUGGUCACAGGACUUUUACUUGCCCUUCUUCUCGCGUAUCUGCAACAAGGACCUGAAAUUCUCGCUGAGAGAGGACGAUUAUGUGUUCAACGACCGCAAGUUUGGUGGUAACGCACAGAGUCUAUCAAAGGGCCGCUGGCUGCACCACACGUCAUUCCUGUGGGACUUUGACCCCAAGAAUAUGGAGUACCUCACCAACCCUGCGCGUCAGCCGAAGUAUCGGCAGCAGCGUAGCCACCUCGAGUUCCUAUGUCCACUGAAGGACGUGCUGAAAAAGGAAUGCGCCAACCGCGAGAGAUUCGAGAGCGAACUCCACGCGGAACUGGCGCACAACUUCGAAAUCGAGGAUGUGAAGCUGGAGGACGUCAAGCCAAUCCUGGAGAGGGAGCACCGGAAGUCCACGCACUUCCUGGAGCUGUAAAGAGCCGACUGUCAGCUGAUAGCACCGUAGAGCUCAGUCAGUUGGCAAAUAGAACGAAAUAUGCAUCAUCACUUAAAAGAUGUAGCCAUAUGAAUCCAAAAAGUGGUAAGAACUACGUUUCUUGCUCGACGGCAAGAGUUCCUCAAGGUAAUCACAGCCAGGAGGUUAAUUGUCGGACGAGAUGAGGCCUA